AUGAUGGGCGUCAGGCGCUGGGAGGUUGUCGGAGGCGGUGAAAAGGGCGGCCUUCUUGUCAGAGAUGGGCCGAGCACCACCGCUGCGCAGUUGGAUGAGCGCUUGACUACCGGAUCAAUCGUGGACGAGAUGGAGAGGAACGGUGACAGAAUCCGGUAUGCUCUUACUUCUGGAAAUGGGCCACAAAGCGGUUGGGUGGCACUCAGCCUGAAGGGCAAGGAAUUGCUUAAGGCAGUCGAGCCUUCCAAGACAUCUUCUGCGGCAACGGCUGCUGUGACAGCCACGGCAAGUGCGGAGGCACGCCCGACCCCAGCGCUGAAGGUGGAGGAUGUCGACACCCACCUUUUGGAUGAGUUUCUGCAGAAGAAGGUCCUGCUGGUGGAGCCUCCCGGCGACUACUUAGGUGGACAGCUGCCAGUGAUGCCACGCACCGUCGGCCUACCGACCUGGGCGGCGCUUCCGGACAAGGACAAGAAGAGGUUUCCUGAGAGGUCCCGGAAGCCUAUGAUCCGACUGUACUGCUUCCCCGGGGCGGCAGACAACUACAUGCUGUGGUUGGAGCUUGCCACUUCUGCGCCUGAGUGGUGUGAGGUAGCAGUCUACGAGCCUCGGGCACAUGGAUUCCGGCCAGAUGAACCGUGGGAUUUGAGCCUGGAGGAGCGUGCGGAAGACGCCUUCACCGUUAUGCGGCCAGCCUUUGAGACCCACGCCCGUGGGGGCGUCUCUGAGGGCGCGCCCUUUGGCUUCUUGUCGCACGGGGUCGGAGGGCAGUUCAUGGCGCUGCUGGCGUACCGUCUCAAGCAGGAGCUCAACUUAGAGCCCCUAGUGGUGUUUUCCAACGAUGGUCCACCGCCCAAUGUGCAGACCCUUUCGGAGCAGGGCUACCAGUUGCUGUGCCAGGACGUGCUUGGGUUCUAUCGCCUUUUCCAGCCUGACACGGUGCAGCAAUACGAGAAGAUGGGUGGCAAAGGCAAUCCCAAAGCGGAGGCACUCAUUCAGAAGUGGUCCCGCGGCUUGCGGCUGUUCGAAGAGCAUGCACGCCGAGCGUCACGAGGAGAUCCGUACCACAAGUUCAACUGUGAUCUGCAUGUGCUGGUGGCAAAACACACACUAGAUGCUAACAGGCACUUUGCAGAGCUGGAUGGUCCUCAGGCACAGUAUUGGGAUCAACGAAAGAAGAUCACCGGCUCAAAUCCAGACUCGGGCUGCAACUGGGAUGCGGAUGCCUUUAAGAAGUGGGCUGAGUGGACUACGGAAGAUUUCACAUAUCAUGAAGUGGACACGGACCACAUGACUAUCAAGAAUUCCCCCUUGAUGCAGAAGAUCGUGUUCAAAGAGUUAGGUGGCUUCUGUGGCAUGGAUUAUUGA